CUUCCUGUACUUCUUAUUCAAUGAAUUGAAGUAUUGCCGCAAAAUGAAACAGAUGUCAUAAAACACAUAGUUUUAUUUAAUAGAAGUGCAAAGUAUUUUUGUUUUGAAUUUAUUGAAUUUUGUGGUUUUGCCAACAAAUUUAUACAAACGAGGUGCACCAUUAUCACUUCGGAGUUACAAGUAUUUCAAGUUAUCGGAAAUCGAAACUCCUUUUGUUACAUUCAAUAAUAAAUAAAAAUUUUAAUUGAUACAAACUGUGGUGCGUAAUAUUUUGAAUUUCAACUCCUAACGAUGUCAGUGCCACAGAAUAAUACUCUCAGGUUACAACCCCCAACAUCUUCACUUAAGUUGGCAUCUCCAGUCCAACAUCAAAGCACAGGAUCUGCAACGGGAAAUCCAAGAAAUAAAUGUGCCCUUAAGCCUGGUCAUUCCCUUAUAGACUGGAUAAGACUAGGAAACUCAGGAUGUGAUUUGUCAGGAACAAAUGGAGCUGUAUUUUCAGUAAGUUUGAAGGAAUUAAGUAAACAUUGCACCAACGAUGACGCGUGGAUGGCAAUACGAGGGAAUGUUUAUAAUAUAACGCGAUACAUGGAUUUUCAUCCGGGAGGUCCAGAAGAACUUAUGCGGGGUGUUGGCAAAGACGCAACGAAACUUUUCGAAGAAGUACAUGCUUGGGUAAACUAUGAACAACUCUUAAAAAAAUGUCUAGUUGGACCACUUCAAAAUGUGAUUACAGUAGAUAAGAACUUUUGUAAGCCUCUUAAAAAAGAUGCUGCACCCUUUCAAUUCAAAAGAACUGACACUGCACCACAUCAACCCGUAAAACUUGUUCCUGAAACAACAUGCACCAAAGUUGUACCACGUUUUGAUUGGAUUCAAACGCGAUCAAAUAUAACUUUGUACUUUUUUACAAAACAACUAUGCAAUCCAGGCUUAAUCAUUAAAAGAAAUAAUUCUACAAACAUUGAAGUGAGAAUUUGCAUUGUAAACUGUUGGCAUCAACAUGACUUUGACUUGCAUCAAAAGGUAAACUGGCCACCAACAAAUGUGAAAAUCUCAAAUGAAUCAGGGAAAAUUGAAUUAAAAUUCCAUAAAACUAACCCUAAUAUAUGGUUAAGCUACGGAAUGUUUACUCAUUCAAUUGAUCAGCAAUUAAAAGAAAGUUAUUAUGAGUUUGAAAUUGUACGUAAUGAAAAUUUCAAUCAUAAUUCAUUUGCGUUACAUUUGCGCGCUAAAAAUGAUACAAUUAUUUUGGUCCCAGUUGCAUACCACCUUACUUUUGUUUGUAAUAUUGAAGGCGAAGAAGUUAGUCGGCAUUACACCCCUAUACCAAGAAUGUUUUCACCACUAAAUAAUGAAGACUUCAUGGAUUUGCACUUCCUGUUAAAAACGUAUGAAAACGGCUUACUUGGAAAAUAUUUAAAAAAGUUAGAACACAAGUCAACCUUAUUAGUGUCGCAACCGAAAGGCAAUCUUUUGCUUAGUAAAUUCCUAACACAUAGUAAGAUCGCCCUUUUAGCAGCUGGAAGUGGAAUAACACCUAUGUUGAGUUUGAUCGAUUAUUUGUUAUCCAGUAACUGUCUUAAAAUUGAAAAGUUGGUGCUUAUAGUUUUUAACAAAACCGAAGAAGACAUUUGGUGUAGGUCAAUCUUUGAAAAACUAAUGGAAAGCGACAACAGAUUAAAAGUAACACAUAUACUUUCUCAACCGAAGGAAAAAUUGGAGAGUGAGAGAGGUCAUAUAUCUCAAGAAUUUUUGUCAACCAUCAGUAGCCCGUCUUCAGAAAAUUAUUGUACUUUCAUUUGUACAUGUGGACCACCAACUUUUAACAGGUGUACUGAAACUAUCUUAGAUGCACUAAAUUUCCCUCCGUCAGACACGUACUUUUUUAAUGGCUAGAAAUAUAUUAUAUGAAAUAGUAAUAAAACAAAAUAAAAAGAAACAAAGUGUUCCAAAGUUGAUAAGAAAAAAAUAGAGGGUGAUUC